GUCCGAUCACCGCACACUUCCCCUUGCUCCAAGGCUUCCACCAUCUUCUUGUCCUCGAGCACAUACCAUCUCACGACAAACCACGCUCAUUCAACCACUCUACUCAUAUUGAUGCUUAAUCUCUUACUCUCGACUCUCGCACUGACGAGAGCUGCCGCCGCCGCCGGCUACCAAUGGCCUUCACCGCAAUACGAUGCUCUGGAGGAUUUUCUGUAUGAGGGAGGACGCCCGGAUGGGUCGAGUCUCGGCGCACUUGUGUCUCCCUGCAGGCUAAGGGGAGCCACGAACACUACUGUAGCAGCGGAGUGGGUCCGUCUGGUCUACCACGACGCUGCGACACAUCAGAUUGCUGACGGGUCCGGCGGCCUCGAUGGUUCCAUCUUUUUCGAAACCGACCGGACAGAGAACAACGGCGCGGGCAUGAACAACACCUUGAACGAUUUUUCUGUUUAUCCGAGCAAAUACGUCAGCCGCGCGGAUGUAAUCGUGCUCGGAACUGUCAUGGCGGUCGCCACCUGUGGCGGACCGGCUAUCCCGAUACAGGGUGGACGGAUCGACGCAAAUGUCGCUGGGCCAUACGGUGUCCCCAACAUCACCGAUUCGCUCGACUCGUUGAAAGGGACAUUCGCGCACCAGGGCUUCAAUGUGUCUGAGAUGAUCCAACUCGUCGCGUGUGGACACACGUUGGGCGGUGUGCGGUAUCCCGACUUCCCGAACGUUGUGCCUGGCUCUGGCUCGCAGACUGUCGUGCAGCUAUUCGAUGACACGCAGCGAUUCGAUCAUAGCAUCAUCUCGCAAUACCUCGACGGCUCGACUCGGGACCCGCUGAUUGUUGCAAAUGCGUCUGCUGCGUCUGACCUCCUCGUUUUCUCUGCCGACAACAACGUCACGAUGCAAAGCAUGAACAGCGAGCAAGCGUUCUCGUCGACCUGUUCAACCAUCUUCCAAAAGAUGUUCCGGACCGUCCCCUCGACAGUCAAUCUCACUGACAACAUCGAUCUCGUGCCGGUCAAAGUGACUGGCGUGCAACUCACCAUCGGGAGCCCCGAGCUCCAGUUCCAGGCCAACGUGCGGCUGCAGCUUUCGAGCAACCAUACGACGGUGACGAUGUACUGGUGCGACCGCUACGGAUCGGGCGCGAACUGUGCCUCCAAGUUGAAGCGGUUCACUGCGCCCAGCACGUCUGCCCCGGUGUCUUCGCCUUUCUCGGCCACGAUGAACCUCACUCUGCAGAAGUAUCAGUUUGUCGUGCCCCUGGCUGCGAACCAGAGCAUCUCCAAGUUCUGGUUCGAGAUCGACUACGGCAACGGAACGACCACGGUGGCCAACAACAACGGCGCGUUCUACAACAUCGACCAAGACGCCGUCCUCUUCGUCCCCAGCCAGAGCCGUCCGAAGGCUGUGCUUUCCGGUUCCAAUGGUGUAUUUAUCGCUGCUGCGGUGAAGAGCACAAACACGCCCUCCCGCGUGUAUGUCGACUGGAUCGGGCGCGCCACCAAAAACUUCAUCGCUGUCAACGGCACGACUGAUCUCAAGCUCAACUCGAGCAUCCCCUCCGUCGCCGGGUACAACUUCUACACCGCCGAGAUCACGGAAGAGUACGGGGCGAGCAUGCAGUUCGACGUCAUCAGCGUGCAGCAGAACGGGACGUCCCUCGCGGACACGUACAAGUGGGACACGCUGAUCGGCCUGAACACCCCCGCCGAGACACAGGUCAACUCGACCACGUCGAGUGCGGCAGGCGGGGCGAGCGGCGCGGUCGCUGUCGCUACUGCGGGGCCAUGGACCUGGAGCGUUGCGGCAGCAGCUUUGGCUGUUCUGUCCGCUGCUCUAUGAUAGAAUGGUUUCCAUCUUAUCUACAUCAUGUACAUCCACGGACUUGCAUCACUCACACUGGCAUUACCUCAAUACCUCUUGCAUUCGUCUUUCUGUCAGGUGACCGCGUUUUCCGAGCCAGGGUAGCCCGCGACCUCGUCCACUGGCUAAUUCGUAGAGGAACGUUUGUGGAUAGAUGUCCUGUUCUU